GUUAAAUCAAGCCUUCUUUGCACUGCAAUUUACGGUUUCAGGCCAUGCCUCACCCAAACGGGACCUGACAGUGCAUCCUAGACAUGGUCAGCUAAUGGGGUUUAUUCCCAAGUAUCUGCAUGCAGCACAGCGGUGGCAGAACUUUAACGGCACAGACGACAGAACAAGCCUCGGGCCCCGUCCAGCAGACGCUUUGCUGCAAAACAAGCUACCUUGCCUCUCGUUGGACAAAAAACAGACAUCAAGAGUAGACACGGUGAUACAUAAUGACAAGUCAGAACAACAAAGGCGAACUCAGGAAGGUGUCCAAGAGAAAGUUCUCUCCUCCAGUAGCUACACCCCACACACUUUUUGCAAAAGGAGAACUGCUAGAGCUUCAGGGCAAACAGGAAGAUGCUGAAACAAAAGGGAUACCUGUUGCUCUGCACCAUGCCACAGGUGAUGGAGUUACAACCAAACCCAUUAAAACACCGAAAACGCAGGCUACGAGGCAGAAAGGAAGCACAACUGCUAGGAUGGUAAAGGAAGCAAACUGCAAGAAGGAUCCAGACACGAGGAAAGGUACAACAGAGAGAGUGUCAGGCGAAUCAUCACAGGGAAAGCAUUCCAAAGUGCUAACCCCACAAGAAGAAGGUUGCCUUACCGAUGCAGAAUUUGAGGAGAUUGUCCAGAGUGUGCUUCAGAAGCCUUUGCAGGAGUGUAUGGACUCUGAGAAGCAGAGAACUACUUCGACAGAGCCUACUGACUCAGAAGCAGGUCUGAGAAGGAAUGGGCCUCAGCUGGGUGUUUGUGCUGUUUCUCUCAGGGGGGCUUUGGAGGUCUCUCCAGCUGCAGAGGAUGAUGUCUUUGGAAAGAAAAGUGAGAUGAUGCUUUUAGAAGUGGAUGAGAAGCGACAAUUGCACGAAAAGGAGCACAGAAAACUUUAUGUGAAUAAGGACAGAAAGAAGAAAAAUGAGAAAUCAGAAGGAGACAAUGGAGGGCGUAAGGAAAACCGGAAAGGAGCGCCCAAGAAAAAAGUUCAGGGCAACGCCCACGUCCUCCUUGACCAAGAGGAAAUGCAGGAGGAGGAGGCCAACGGAGGAAGUAGCUGCAGCUGGUGCAUGGCAUGGGUCCAAUGCUCUUAUCCAACCUGUGAGAAGUGGAGGCAGCUCAGCAGUGACAUAGACCCAUCAGUUCUGCCUGAGUACUGGACCUGUAGUCAGAACCCAGAUCUUCAGUACAACAGCUGCAACAUUCCUGAGGAAACAUGGUCAGGGUCUGAAAACGAGGUGGUCUAUGCUGUUUAUAUUCCUGGGUCAAUUGUGUGGGCCAAACAAUAUGGAUAUCCAUGGUGGCCUGGGAUCAUAGAGGCUGAUCCAGACAUUGGAGAGUAUUUCCUGUUUUCUUCCCCAACAGAUUCACUACCUUCAAAAUACCAUGUGACCUUUUUUGGCAGCUGUGUGACCCGGGCUUGGAUCUCUGUCUCCAUGCUGAGGAACUUUGGUGAACACGAUGUGGAGGGAAAUGGUGUGGCCAAGCUGAAGAGCAAAGGUGACAAGAAGAAUUUUGAAGCUGCUCUGAAGAUGGCAAAUGAAGCAGAGCAAAUAAACAUUCAGGAGAGAAUAAGGAUAUUUGGAUUCCACAGCCGAUUUGGUGGGACAGAGUCACCUGAAGACCACAAAGACCACAAAGAUCAUGUGGCUGUUACCUGUAAGCCUCCUGCCAAGAGGAUUCAAAAACCAAGUGGUGGGAAUAAAAACACAGCAACAUCAAACAAGAGUCAAGAAAAGCUUCUUCCUGAGACAUCAGGGAUGAAACUGGAUGAAGAUUUCAAAAGAGAAACCAGCAUAAAAGGGAGGAAAACCAGUAAGUUAUCAGCUGAGGGUACCCCCCCUUUGUCAAAGAAGAGCAGAAAAGAAUCAGCACCCCCCAAAGCUCCUGCUGUGCCAAAAGGAUCUAGCAAAGCAAGGAAAUAUCAGGAUGACCCAAAAGGUUUUAGGAACUCAUUUGCUGUGGCACAAGAUAAGAAUCCCAAAGCUGCACAGCUCAGUUCGUGCACAGGCAGCAGCAGCACUAACUUAGUGCCCGCCAGUUAUCAAAGAAAGAAAGACAGUAUGAGCACGGCUGAAAACUCCCCCAUGGAAGGAGGCAAACCGAUUUUGAAUAGGGGUGUUGUGGUGGGUCUUGAGGAAGCAAACGAAGCCAUGGCAUUGGAGAAAGAAGAGGAGGAAGCCUUCAGCAGCCAGGAGAUGGUUGUCUUUGCUGAGGAGAAGAAUUACUCUUCUGAAGACUUUUCCUUGACCUUGUUUGAAGAGUAGCCUUUCCCGGCUCCAAGUGUAAAGGAUGGAUUGUUUCUUUAUCUAGAUGAAUCAUCCCCAACUUGGUACCCUGCAGAUGUUUUGGACGACAACUCCCAUCAGCCUCAACCAGCCCAACUGUACAAAACAUCUGGAGGACACCAGUUGGAAAUAGCAGCUUAACAACAGAUGGACGUGAGGUUGAGAACAUUUAUAAGGAUAAAUAGUGUUUGAUAAAAGAAAUGUAGCAAAGGAUGUAGUGGAAAAGGCUGUUACAGUUUCAAUUCUUGAGUUUAAUCCACCUAGGAAGUUGGUGACAGCUUGUUUUUAAACAUGGCUGUGAAAUUUCCUCUUUCCCCGGUCGUUGAUUAAACAGGCAACUGGAAGUAUAGCCAUAAACAAGACAAGGAAAGUAAAUUUUUGGUGGUUGUUUUUCUCCAGUUUGUAAACUGACAAACAUCUUGUCUAUAUUCAACUUUCCCCCCAAAUUGUUUAUAAUUAUAAUUCAGCAAAAUUCUUAUUAAAGUCUAGUUUUGGAUUUAA